AUGGACAUCAAGAAGGACGGUGUCACACAUGUAGAUGAUGCGGACAAUGACUUUCAGCAAGCCAAGGUAGCUGUUCAGCUGUCAGAAGAGGCUGUUCACAUUAAACAGAGUCCUUGGUCAUCGAACAUGCUAAAGCUAUAUGGCUGCUUGACUAUCGCUUACCUCUGCGGCUGCUUGAACGGAUAUGAUGGCAGCUUGAUGGGAGGAUUGAACGCCAUGGAUACUUACCUUGACUACUUUCACAUGAAAUCUGCCGGUAGUAGCACUGGCAUAACAUUUGCCAUAUACAACAUUGGGUCAAUCCCUGCUGUCUUCCUUACCGGACCUUGCAACGAUAGGUGGGGCAGAAGGGCUGGCAUGUUUACAGGCGCAGCCAUCGUUAUCGUUGGCACCUGUAUCCAAACCCCUGCUGUAAACAGAGGGAUAUUCCUCGCCGGCAGGUUCAUUCUUGGGUUCGGUGUAUCGUUCGCGUGCGUCAGUGCUCCGUGUUACGUUGCUGAGAUGGCUCAUCCUGCGUGGCGCGGCACAUUAACUGGACUCUACAACUGCACAUGGUAUAUUGGAUCAAUCAUCGCUUCCUGGCGUAUUCCUAUCUGGUGUCAGCUGGUCUCUUCAGUCAUCGUUGCUGUCGGUGUUUGGUUCUUGCCAGAGAGUCCAAGAUGGCUUUGUGCUCAAGAUCGAAUGGAAGAAGCUACUAAGGUCCUAGGCCGUUACCACGGCGAUGGUGAUGAAUCGCACCCAAUCGUCCUUCUACAGCUCAAGGAGAUGCAAAACCAAAUUCGACAAGAUGCAUCCGACAAGAAAGGAUGGGACUACUCUGAGCUGGUCAACACUCACUCAGCUCGCCGAAGACUCAUUUGUGUCUUAGGAAUGGCAUGCUUCGGCCAGUUGAGUGGCAACAGCGUUACGUCCUACUACCUUCCUGUCAUGCUCGAAAAUGCUGGUAUCACUUCUCAGGGCACCAAACUCAUGUUGAACGGCAUCUACCCCGUCAUUUGCUUCUUUGCAGCAAUCCUUGGAGCUCGUAUGACCGAUGUCGUCGGUCGCAGGCCACUGUUGCUAUACUCGAUUCUUUUUUGUUCGGGAUGUUUUGCCAUUAUUUGCGGCACGAGCAAGCUUGCACAACAUGAUAUCGACAACAAGUCAGCAGCAAACACAACCAUCGCCUUCAUUUACCUUUUCGGUAUCGUCUUCUCCUUCGGCUGGACACCUCUUCAAAGCAUGUAUAUCGCCGAGACACUGGCUACCUCUACAAGAGCCAAGGGAACUGCUGUCGGCAACCUUGCUUCGAACAUCAGCUCUGCCGUCAUCCAGUACGGCUCAGGUCCGGCAUUUGCAAACAUCGGGGCUUACUUCUACCUGGUGUUUGUGUUCUGGGACCUGAUUGAAUUCGGUGUCAUCUAUCUUUAUUGGCCAGAGACCAAGGAGCGUACUCUUGAAGAACUCUCUGAGGUUUUCGAGGCCAAGAAUCCAGUUAAGAAGAGUUUGGAGAAGAGAGAUGCUGCUACUGUGCUCAAUACGCUCGAUGUGGAUGCAGCUAUGGUCGAGAAGUUAGAGCACUGA